AUGAGUGAAAUGCAAAUUAAGAUUUACGGAGAGAUCGGAAAAGGGCGCCCCUCUCCGAAUUUUGCCCAGACAGUUGUUUACAAGGCCCGUAAAAAUAAUACUGUCGAGUUUGUUGCAGCAAAAACUGUUGAUGCAGUGAGAUUAGAAGAAAUUUCAAACGCAGUGCAUAUUCAGCACAAUCUACAUCACGAAAAUAUCGUGCAAUUUUAUAACUGGUAUCAAGUAGAAAACAGUAUCUUCUUAGUUCUCGAGUAUUGCCCUGGAGGAUCUUUAUCUGACAUUUUAGAGCGAGAUGUCCGUCUUCCUGAAAGCGUUAUACGUAUUUUUGCAAGUGAUGUUGCAGCAGCUUUACUUUAUUUGCAUAAAAAUGGAGUUUAUUUCACGAAUUUUGAUACGAGAAAUUUCAUUCUCGAUGAAAAUGGCAUUGUUAAGCUAUCUGACUUUUGCCGUGCCGUUAUUGACGGAAAUUACUGCAAUCUUACUGACAUAGAUCCAGAAUAUCUCGAAGUUUUACCAGUAGAAAUUAUUGAUUUUAGUUCGAAACCUAAUAUCGCUACAGACUUAUACGCAUUUGGUUGCUUACUAUACAAACUUGCCUGUGGACAGACUCCUUUUGCAGGAGAAGCACAAGAAGAGUUAGAAUAUAAAAUUAGAAACACAAGUGUUGAAUAUAUUCCUUAUUGCUCGCCAGAACUCAACGAUUUAAUUAAAAGACUUACAGAUAAGAAGGCUAUAAAUAGGCCAACAUGGUCAGAAUUAAUAGCUCAUCCAUUUUGGAAGAAUAUCUUCGCUUCUCGUGACGAUUACGAGGACUUUUCGAAUUUCCCAACCAUGGACUUCUCGAUUCCUGCUUAUGAAUCAUCAGAAAUCACGGAAAAUGAGGAAGAUAUUUUAGAUAUCGAGCCGAAAGAGAAUUUGGCAAAUUCAAUUACAUUCAGAGCAUCCAGUGUUUUCUCUUCUAUCUCAGAAAAAGUCGAUACAAUCCGAAAUCUUCUUUUACGUUGUAAUCAACUCAAACAACAGUCUGUUGUCAUGAACCAAGCCGUUGAAGCCAUAAAUCUUCCUAGUGUCAACGCCUCCCAAAUGCCAGUAACUCUAGAAGCCAUCAAAACUGGAAAUCAAGAGACAAUUGACACAAUUGUUAAACAAUUAUCAUCAAAGGACGUAGUUAAGCGACAAAGUCCACUGAUAACAUUCUUAAUAACAGGUGCAAAGAACCCUGAUGUAGCUACUGGCCUCUCAACGAAUGGAUUUUUGUCAUCAAUUUUGAAUUUGGCGGUGAAGUCGAAGCACGUUUCAAUUGCAGCUGCUCAUUGUAUCCUAUUCGGUACAAUAAUACAGUCCGCAACUAAAAUAGACUUCGAAAACCAAGUAAAUAAUGAGAUAAUCUACGGAGCCCUUGAAAAACUGUCAAAUUCACCUAAGGACAAAGUCAAAAGGAAAGCCAUAUCAGCAAUUUCAGCUCUUUUAACGUUUUGUGCCAACAACGGAUACCAAAUUCCACAAAAACUCAUAGACGCGAUAUUUAACUCGCUUAAACCCUCAAGUGAUGAUGUAUGUCGCCAUUACGCACUAAAAGCUGUUGCAAAUGUAUGUUUAUCAUUACAUCCAGAAAUAUUAGAUUUAAAUCUUCUUGAAAAUGCAUUAACAAAGCUUGACGUAACAGCACAACCGAACAAUGCUAUGGUAGAAAGUCUUUCACUCGCAGUUUGUGCAUUUUUCAAGGACAGAAAACCUCAAUCUUCUUCAAACGAGUAUUUGCAGCGAUUAACGAAGACAUUGAUAGUCAAACUUGGUGCAACGACAGCAUCACUUGGUAUGGUUAUUGCUUGUGAGUGCGAUAUCCUUAAUUCAUCAAAAGAAGAAUUAACAAUUGCGUUUAACAAGUCCGUUGGCGAAGUUAAGUGGCGAUCUAUGAUUGCAUUGUGUUUGUUGUAUCGAAACAGUAUGCCAAACUUCAUGUCCAUCUCAGAACGCGUAUUUUCACACGCAGAUAAGUUGCAAUACGACGAACCUCAAGUUUACGAGGCAUUUAUUCGAUGGUACUGUGAUUAUUGUGAUGAAAUACUUGAUGCUUCGUCAAAGGGACAGUACUUGAACUUAAGAAUCAUCGUAGAUUCACUCAAACAGAAAAACAACGCCAUGAGAAUCUAUCGUCCUAAAUUUGAUCGAAAAUUGAGAGACAUUCUUAAAAACGAACAAUUCAUAUUAGGUGGCAGUGAAUUAAUCUUAGAAAUAUUCUUACAAUCAUUUAUUUUAGGAUUAUCCGAUUCCACAACAAUUGUCAAUGAUUUACUUUUAAAUACAUUACAAAGUCCAAUCAAAGAUGUCCGGUAUGAUUCAUUACGAAUCUUGACUAUGGCUACAAGUGAUUUAAAUGUUGAUUCCACCGAAACAAAUGUUAUUUUCAACCAACUUUCAAAACACAUUGAAUUUCUUUUGAAUGAUGAUUUAGUUAUUUGUGAAUGCUGCUUUAAAGUAUUAGAUAAUUUGUUGUUAAUUGAUGAAUGCCAAGUUGUUGGAUUACUUUCAACGAAGAACACUAUUAUCCAAAGUCUUUUCUCUAAGAUCGGAACAAUCAACACUUCUAUAAAGAUCUGUGAACCAUUGUUGUCAUCUAUUUCAUUUGAAAACAUUAUUUCAUUGAAUCUUAUUCCACAAAUCAUGAAAUCUAUUGAUCAAAGUGAUUUCAUCAAAGAUAGUAUUGAUUUGUUGUAUACAUUCCUUCUUAUUGUUGAAGAUUACAUUGAAGCAAACAAAAACAAUCAAAAGGAAAUCAAGAAAACUAUCAAAAGUGUUAACUCUCUUUCAACAAUGGCUCCGAAAUGCGCUAGUUUAGUUUUAAAAUAUCCUAAAUCCGCUGAUUGUUUGAAGAUGUUAAUUAACAUUUUCACUCCAUUACCAGGCCAGACCGAUGUUGUUAUUGAAUCCGCAUUUCAACCAUUUGCAACAGCAUUGAUGAAUGGUCAUUGUAAACCCGAAUGCGCGAACUCACUUAAAUUAGUUAUUGAACAACUUAAGAAAUCAGCAUUCAACUGUAACUCUAUGAAACUUAAACUUAAAUGUUCAUCUAAACUUAUGUCAGCUCUUCGCACAGCAGCACAGAAUGGUGUUGGUGAACUUCGUAAGACUACAGAAGGUGCAUUGAAUGUAAUUCGAAGUUAA